AUGACAUUUUUUUUCUUAUGUUUCUUUUUUCUAAUAUAUAUUUUUAUUUGUGAUUUUCAUCUUCUACAUCAUUCAUUUAUUCAUUCAUUCAUUCAUUCAUUCUUCUUCUCUUUUCUUCUUCUUCUUCUUCUUCUUCUUCUUCCUCUUUUCCUUCUUCUUCUUCAUCUUCUUUUCCAUCUACUGCUUUUUCUUCUUCAUCUUCUCUUUCUUCUUCUACUUUUCUUCUUUCACGUCUUUUUUCUUCUGUAUAUCUUCUUCCUUUUCUUCUUUUCUCCGUCUUCUUCAUCUAAUUUUUCCUCAUCUCCUCUUUCUUCUUCUUUUCUUCUUUUUCUUCUUCUAUAUCUUUCUUCUUUUCGCCUUCUUCUUCAUCUACUUAUUUUUUCAUCAUCUCACUCUUUUCUUCUUCUUCUUUAUCUUUUUCUUUCUCUUCUUUUAUUUUCCUUUUCUUCUUCUUUAUCUUCUUUUUUCUUUCUUCUUCUUUCUAUUCACUGUUUUCUCAUUUUGUUUCAUCUAAUACACUUUGAGUUGUUUUUUUUCUUCUUAUUUGUGCCUCCCAACAUAUCUUUCUUUCUUUCUUUCUUUCUUUCUUUUCUUUCUGCUUGUCUUUCGUUUUCUUUUUUCUUUCUGCUUGUCUUUCUGUUUCUUUCUUUCUUUCUUUCUUUCUUCUACUUUCAGAUAGAAAAUUGCCAUGUCUUUAUCUAUCUAUCUAUCUAUCUAUCCCAGUAUGUUCAUAUCUAUUUCAGUCUGUUCCUUCCUAUCUAUCUAUCUAUCUAUCUAUCUAUCUAUCUAUCUAUCUAUCUCAUGCAUUUGUCGUGUAAAAUCUAUCUAUCUAUCUAUCUAUCUAUCUAUCUAUCUAUCUAUCUAUCUAUCUAUCUAUCUAUAACCAGCUCUUCUGUCUCUCUCUCUCUCUCACUCUCUAUCACAAGCUGUUGUUCAUUAUCUAUCUAUCUAUCUAUCUAUCUAUCUAUCUAUCUAUCUAUCUAUCUAAAAAAGAAAUUAGAAUAA